AUGCUCGCUCAUGUUGUUUGUUCUGUAUUAUUUCUCUCCUCAUCAGUUCUUGCAUAUCCGACGAAAUGCCCAUCCGAUACCGUACGGCACUUCCAGCACCCCAUUUGCCUCGGACCGCCGCAAGUCUACAUUGUCGCAGCCAGCGAAGGGAAGGGAUUGGGAGUUUUUGCCACUCAUGACAUGGAGAUAGGCGACACUGUCAUGCGCGAGACACCUAUCUUCAAAAUUCGUUUACCAAAGCUCGCGAAAGGAAGCCCAUAUCCCAUGACAGCAGUGGCAAGGCUACUUCAUAAGCAAUUCGACGCACUCUCGCUUGAGGCACAAGAAGAGGUUCUUUCGCUAACACAUGAGUCGAAUGCCGUGGACGAGAAAAACACGGACGCUUUGGGUACCAUCUUUCGCAACAAUGCGUACAACACCGGCGAUCAAGUCGGCCUGUUUCCCAAGAUCGCUCGCAUCAACCAUUCGUGCCGACCAAAUGCGAGCUACUAUUGGAGCGAAAAGCUCAAUAAGCGCAUCGUGUAUGCGACACGCAAGAUCAAAGCAGGAGAAGAAUUCUUCGUGUCUUACAUCUCACUGUUGCUCAGUCAGGAACAUCGCCAAGAGCAGCUUGAUCGGUAUGGAUUCAAGUGCCACUGCGAAGCAUGUGCACAAGGUCGAGCGGCCCGAGAAGCGAGCGAUAAUCGUCGAACUACCAUCAAGAACGCUUUCGCAAAGUUUGAGCCUCAGCUCGUUCUUGCGACCCCACAGUCUAAGGCUGGGAAGCGCCAGGCGCGGAAAGAUGCUGAGAUAAGUAUCCAGCUUGCCCAGCUGGUACAAGAAGAAGGACUCGCCGAUUACUACGCCAAAGCCUACAGGAUCGCAGCCAUAAGCCAUGCUAGAGCGGAAGAUUGGGCAACCGCAGCCAAGUGGGCAAAUAGAGGAUAUGAAAUACGUUAUAUGGAGGAUCCAGAGUCACCGAGCACAUCGGAGCUUCACCACCUCACUAGCACUUUCAUCUCGAACUGGGAGGCAGACUUGCGGCAUCGUGCCUCGACUUGA